AUGUCUGAUGCUCUAGGGACGUGUUGCGCGCUCGGACUCACUGCGUGCUGCGACGUCAUGACUGGAAUAUGUCUUGAUUUCAUGUCCAUACAGCACCUCUGCAGCUGCCAGUGCUGCUCAUGCAGAAAGCCCGUCGAUGACACCACAUCUGACAUUGAAAGAGCGCCUCUCAUAGUUAAGAGCAGACAACCUAGUCCCCAUCCACCGAUGCAUAGCGCUGAAUGCUCGUAA